AUGGAGAAUUAUAAGGUAAGCUUUGACAGUUAACAAUGAAUUUUGCACUUUGUAGAAAUUUUGGAGAGUUCUGCUUGCAUUUCAUGUACAGGGUACUGUGUGAAUGUUGCAAAGCUUCGCGGGGAAAUUAACACGUCUUCAACACAUGUUUAUAUAUCCAGUGUUCAAAGAUUAUAAUGCCAUUUCAUAUAGGGAAUUCAUAAUAUUACCGAAUUAUAAUGUAUCAUGUUACAGUUUAUGCUUUAUUUAGCUCGCUAUCGAAAUAUUAUAAUUAUCUAUGCAUACUGUGUCUUAGUAUAUGUUUUCAUUGUUUUGGUUAUAAUUGUGUAUAAAUAUUGCAUUGUAUUUUAGUUAAAGCAAAGGCUAGGCAAAGGAGCUCAGGGUUCAGUAUUUUUGGUAGAAAACAAGAUAGACAAGAAAGAAUAUGUAUUAAAAAAGGUACGCGCAUAUCAUGGUAUGUUGCAAAUAUAACAGAAUGUAACAAAUGAUUCUAUUAAACGUUUUGAAUUAAAAUUCUUGAGAACAAUAUACAAAUUUAUUUAUUUAUCAUUUAUUUAUUUAUUUAUUUAUUAACCUUGCCAUUGUCAUUAUAAUAGUUGUGGUUAAUAGUAAACCGAUAGUAAUUAUUUGAAAUAUGUAAUUUAAAUGGAGCAGACUGUCUAUAAUUGAAAUUUAACGCUACAGUCUGGAAAUGUAGGGCUGUCUGAUAUAUUAGUUCAUAUGUCACCUGGGAAUUAUGUGCCGACAAAACUAGACUAAAUAUCAACCUUGCGAUUUAUUGUUUGUUUAUGAAUUAGUGAAAAAAUCUUGUUAUGAUAUUCUGUUGUGUGUCUGUUUCACCCAUCAUUGAAAGUCGUAACAAGUGAACCAUUACUUGACUUGUGUGCAUGAGGUGUUUCAUCACCUCCGUGGAUAAGAUUCAUCCCUGCUUAAUGUCUUAAUUUCUAUUGGCAUAUAUUUAGAUUGAAUGUAAUGAUGAAAGUGAGGCAAACAAGGCAUUUAAAGAGGUAUCAGUCAUACCCUGUAUUUUCCCCAUUUAUUCCUGUAUUUAGUUUUUCAUCUCUUUCUCUCCAUUUUUUAUCAUCCACCCUCCCUCUGGAUUCCCUUAACUAAUUUUUUCACCCCCUUUCCCCAUUCUUUUUGUCUUUUUACACAUCUCUCCAAUUCCCCCCGAAUCCCCUCUCGCAUGAUCAACCCUCUCUCCCACAACCAUCUCUCCCACGAUACCCUCUCCCACGAUACCCUCUCCCACGAUACCCUCUCCCACGAUACCCUCUCCAAAACUGCUAAAGCAGUUAUGGCAUCUUGAUUGAAAUGGUAUCCCACAGUAAUGCUUAAAAAAUGUGCCUACAAGCUGUACCUUAUAUUCUAGGCAAUGGCCUUGCAAGAUUUACAACAUCCUUAUAUUUGUGGUUAUAAAGAAUUCUUUGUCACAUGGGAUAAACAAGUAAAGCUUAAUAAUAUGAUUCAAUUGCAUAAUAAUAAAAUUAACAUAAAUUUUAACAUUGUAUAUUUUGUGUUUAGGAAUCAGCAAUGUGUGUAUGCAUUGUUAUGGAAUAUUAUAAGCUAGGUAAGUAAAAGAAAUGAAGAAAAUAUUUCGUUCCUGCAUUGCCAUUGAUUCCCCAGCCUGUUCUGCCCAAGUGAAAAUAACAAUUAAGUGAAUUAACGUUUGCGUUAUGUGGACCUUUACUACUAUAGGGACCUUGUAAAUGGAGCAAUAAGCUCUGUAGGGUUAACCUGUCAUUUAUGACUAAGUUUGUAAAAAAAAAAUAAUAAUGUACUUACAGGUGAUUUAGAUAGGGUUUUAAAGCAAAGAAGAUCAAAGCAAGAAUUUAUUGAAGAAAAGGUAAACGAAGCUUAGAAUUUAUGCAAGGGCAGUGAAUUGUGGUCAUAGUUACUCAACAUUCGUAUCUGAAAAUGUCAGUGGAAAAAGUGUUAUCUGUGUGUUAUUUUCAGAUUUUGAAGAAAUGGCUUGGUCAAAUCGUACAAGCUCUCACUUUUGUGCACAGACAUAAGGUUAUACACAGGUAGCUACGCUAGAUGUGUCAAUCUAAUUUGUAUUUUAGACUUUUGGAAUUUAAUAAACGUCUUAGGCUAAUUAUAAUUUUUACUUUUAGAGACUUGAAACCAAGCAAUAUAUUUGUGACAGAAGGUCUAAAUAUCAAAAUAGGUACUUGCAGUUACACAAGCUAUCUGCCAUGUCUGUAUACUCGGUAUAAUGUUUCUUUACUGACGCAUGAUUCGUAUGUUGUACAAAUACGAUAUUAGGCAUAUGAUUUGUUGCCAUUUGCCAGCAUAGAUCACGCUAUUCUAGCCGUCACACUAGUAUUGUGUCUGGUUGAACUUCAGGUGAUUUUGGUGUUGCUACCAUCAUGGAUGACGCAAGAACAAGAACAAGAACCACAGUUGGUACCAUGAAUUGGAUGGCACCAGAAGUCUUAGAAAGACCGUAUCCUUAUGUGGAACAGGACGUACAACACGUGUACUAUAGUACUAACAGUAGCAACGUUUAAAUAUGUUAGUUGCGAAACCAGGAUUCAUAUUAAGAGUUUCAAACCUUCACUUAGUCUGCAGUCUUCGACGGGUAGAUUAAACUUUAAUCCACCCGUCGAAAACUGCAGACUGGCAGACGUCGAAAGCUCGUCCAAAUAAAUAUUUUUAACCAGUGAACGUUUGAAACUCUUAUAGUUAGUUAGUAGCAACGUUAUUUGUUUGUUUGUUGACCUUGAUAUUAUGAAGAUAUGACGAAAGAAGUGACGUGUGGUCUCUAGGGUGUAUUUUAUUGGAACUGGCAACGACUGGUUUUCUUGAUGUAAGUGGGUACGCCUCGGGAGUUGUAAUUGAGACCAUUUUUAGCGUAAUAAUUAUAUAAAUGAGGAAAGAAAGGUAAUUUGUAAUAAUUAAAGUCAAGAAGAUUGUGCUUUCAGAGUGCUCAGGCUUCCAGUACGUUAUUUCAAAUCAAACAAUCACCUCAUGUCUUGGACGAUGUUCUGGAGAAAGUUGGCAAGGUAAGGUUCAUGGUAUGAUAGUCCAACUCACUCGUCAGUUGAAUGUGGUAAGAACAACAGUUCUUGUAAACUUUUCUUAUGUUCUUACAUCUCACAGCACUACACAAACGGGAAAGAACUUUGUCAGAUCAUACAAAUCAUGGUACGGCGAAACUUUCAACAAAGACCGACAGCCCUGUAAGAAUCUUUUCUCGUUUUCUCAUUCAUCUUUUUCUUGUUUUGUCAUGUAAAUUUGGCCGGACCUGAAAAUCCCUCACUUCUCACGUGUUGCUUCGUACUAUUUACAACAUGAGCGGCCGUGUUGUAUCGGAUAUACAAACUCGAGCCGAAGGCGAGAGUUUGUAUAUCCGAUACAACACGGACGCGAAUGUUGUAAAUGACUUAAAAAACGACUCAUCUUAUGAGUUCAUUAGCGAAGUAAUUUUAAAAAUAAACGUUGUCUAAGCCGAGAAAAUCAAAGUUAAAUUUUAUGUAAAUCAACAUGAAUCUGUAUCACAUAUAUAUACAGAUACGACACGCUCAUGAUUUUUCUUUGUGUUUUCUUCAUGAAUUAUUAAUGAGUUUUUUAACUGACUUUACAGAUCUUUACAAAUUCAUUACAAAACCACGGCCAUUAUCAGUAAUAUUUUUUUAUUCUUCACCAGAGAACUGUGUGAGUUGCCUUAUAUAAAAGAAAGCAUGGCAUUAAGUGGAACUUCGUCAAAUAAUAACUCAGGUACUGUAAAAUGAGAAUAGAAAAAAGAACAAUUUCAACAAUUGAAGUGUUUGCAAGGAAUUCAGUAAUAUUUUUUCUCAUUUUUUCUGUUAUCAAAUUUCCAGGAGAAACUGGCAAAUUAGGUGGGCAGAAUAUUACAGUUACAAGUAUACUAGAAAUGAUAUUAUAUUAUCAAUAUUCUAAGAAUUAAUUAUACUGCUAUAUAUUAUAGUACUAUUUGAUAUUUAUUUUCACUGAAUUCAUAUAUAGCCAAACCAGUUCCCAAAGACAAAGGAAUAGCUGGCGUCCUUGGUAAGUAACAAGUUGUUGAAUUGAUGAACUUAUUUCGGUUUUACUAAAACUAUGUUUUUCGUAGGUUAUAUGAAAGAUAACAAGAGUUCGCCUGUUUGCCAGGUAAAUUACACACUUCGUAACUAAAUGUACUUUUAUUACAGUGUACAUCAGUGAUAAAUUAAGGUACGUCUUAGAUAUUUAGGUUUAAUUUUUUUCUUGUCAGGUUGAAGCUCUAAAGCAUCUUGCAAUAUUGACUGCAAAAGGAGGUACGCGUGGUAUCUCUCCUAUCACUUGCUAACUAGUUUUAUGAUUUUUUGGGUUGUACAGUAUAUAUGUUCAGAGCUUCACACACUGUGGAAACCAUCAUUCAUUCAUUAAAAUUUCUUUUGCAGACGUCUCUCUCAACGAGUCAGCGAAGAAACAAAUCUGUCAGACAAUGAAAGACAAUCUUUGUGUGUUGGAUAUUCAAAUCAAAACAUGUCAAGUUAUGAUCAAUGUCCUUCCAACGGGUGAGUUGUUGCACAGCCUAGCUAUCCCUAUUCUAGUUUUUCUCCAGAGUUUCAUGUGCUGUUGUCUUUCAACUGAGCUAGAGUAGACCUUUCUGAGUUCACGUUGAACUUUUUUUUACGUCCCCUUUCUUGGGGCACAUGUUGUCUUCAUCUCCCUCUUUAAAAUCUUUCAGUUGGCGAGAAAGAUGUUGUCUAUACAUCGACAAUGAUGCUUCCAAUUUUACUUGCAAUGAGGGUGGGUACGAUUCAAUAAAUUUAGUGUUUCAAUAAAUAUCUUACAUGAUUCCAAUAAUACGUUGUUGUGAAAUUAUAUUUAGUCUCACGGAGGAUCAGCUGAGCUACAGAAAGCUGGAUGUCAAUUGUUGAUGGGCUUGUCUGCUGAUGGUUAGAAUUUCAUUUAUUUAUUAAAAUACACUGCGGGGUUUAAUUCUCGCUGUUUCUAGUGGGCAGUUGCAUGCGAGUGAAACCCUCUCCUUGACUCUACCACCAAACACAAUAUAUUUGCUACCUGAGUUUUUUCACUCCUGUGAGUUCCAUUUACAAUACUGGACCAGUUAGAACUGUUGAAACAAGAAAAUGGUUCAUUUACUACAUUUUGAUGUUGUGUUAUUGUUUGCAGAAUCGGCAGCAGAAUUGAUCGGUAAAUCAGGAGGUGUUCAAGAUGUGUUAGCUGCGCUACGGUUAUUUCCAAAUGAUAUUGACUUGGCAACCAGUGCUUGUGGUGCUGUAUGGAGUCUUGCUGUCAAUGGUAAAUACACCAUGUUGGGUGUGGUUCUAAUGUCGACAAUUCUGAAGUUGAUCACUGUUUCGCAAUACCUACUGCAAAUUACCACAAUUAUGCCAUACGUUUCAACAAAUACGUUUCUUUAUUAAGAAAACUUCAACUUGUUUUUAUUGUAGAAAACAAUUGUAAGAUCGUAACAGAAGAACGAGGUCUUCGAGAUAUCUGUAUUGCAAUGCAGUCACAUGACUCCAGUGUUGAUCUCGUCGAGUCCGCCUGUUCUGCACUUUGGUCUUUGUCUAUGGAAGGUGACAUGUUAUGAUUAGAGCUGAAUUUUUAUCUACCGUCAUUUUCUUGCCAGUCAACAUAACUUGUUGAUGAGUAGGAUCCAAGAUGUUGCUAUGUGUGCCGAUGUGUCUGGGGUUUGAUUUCUGCGACAGGCAGUUGUUUGGUCAUAAUUUCACCUCAGUCACAUGUGAGAAGAGUGCUUCCAGUUUGACUCUACCAAACAUCGAAGGUUUCUUCUGGGUAAUCCUCUUGUAUUAACACUGCGAAAUAAUCUUUUCAUUCAACAUUCAUCUUAUUUCAGAUGAUAAUAUUGAAAUGAUACAAGACAGUAAUACAGUGAGUUUGUUAGUGGACGCCGUUAAAACACAUAUGAAGGUGCGACCAAAAAUUCUCACGAGAGUUAGUGUAAGCUUUCACGCAUGUUUUCUUGGCAUAAACUUCUGAUAUUUCUUGGUUUUGAUCUUCUUAGGUUGCGAAAGUUGUGAAGAAUGCGUGCAUGGCUUUAGCCAGCAUUGUCGAGGCUGAUGGUAUAUGUCUAAAGACGAAAAACUUCAUGUUCAUUUAUCUUAUGUUUCAGCAAACAACAUUUAGUGACCAUUGCAUGUUUUUAUUUUAGAGUCAUGUGCUUAUCAAGUUCUCAACAGCGGCGGAGAGUAUGGCGGAGCUCCGAUUAUUGUACAAGCUGCUAAGUAUGUGAUAUUUCUUGCAUUCUCUAGAUCUCCUCUCUUUUAAGUCGUCCCUCGCCAAGAAGCCCCUCCCCCUCCCUCAAAAGUGCCUGAAACAGUACUGUAAGCCCCAGGAUAAAGAGGUUAUGGUAUUUAAUUAUGUCAUUUUAUGAAAUUCUCAAAUUUGAAAGUGACAAGUGUUCUUGUUGAACUGUUUUCAUAGAAUCCACAAAGACGACGAAGAAGUGAUGGAGAAUAUUUGUGCGUUGUUUUGUGAACUGUCUGAAUAUGGUGAGGAAUUAAUAAAAAGUGAAAUCAGAUUGUUGUUGAAAAUUGUAAUGAAUGAAGUUCUUUUUACUAGAUGAGAUAUGUACGGAGGUGAAUUCACUCAAUGUCAAAUCAAUUUUAACAGAAGCGAAAAGGAAGUUUUCAAAAAACGAUGUAAGUAUUCAGGACUGAUGUGAAACUGCAUCAAAUCUUGGUCAGAGGUGAACCGUUUUAUCAAUAUGCCUCCUUGUUCGUGAUAAUUUCAGCAUACUACAUUUUAUUUAGGAUUUAAUCACGUCAGUACUAAACACUCUUACCAGACUGGGCGGUGGUCAACAUACGGGAAAGAGAGCUGGUUCAGCAAGGUCACGUCCUAGGACUCCAUUGAGAAAAUAAUCAUUUCAUGUUGGGAAUCAUGACCGUAUAUUUCAAACUCCGUGGUGAACUCGCAGUCAAUGAGGGCUACAAAGUAAUGUUCAUUCUUUUCAUUAUAUGUAGUAGUGUUGUAUUUGAUGGCAAAUAAAUAAUGAUAUGGUUUCAUUUGGUCAUGGAAAUGUGAAGUUGACCAUCAUUUGAUGUAACAGUCACAGAAACACACGAAUAGACAGGCGAAACUUUGGAUUCACUUCUAAAUACACUGUUUAAAGAUUAAAGUGACAAUGUAAAUAAGCAUUCAAACGUAUAUAAUUAUUAAUACAAUGUUAAAGUCCUAAAGUUAUAAAUGUACCGGUAAAUAUUUGUGCUUGUCAAUAUUUUGCUUACACGAAUUCUGUUAAAUUUUCAACCGCAGUCCGAAUUUCGCAGGCGCAGAUGAGUAUUUACUACAUAAAAGUAUUAAAAAUCUAAAGUUUGGAAAGAAAUUGAAAUUAUUUUUGUACGAUUUAGAAGAUAAAAAAUGCUUGCGGAUGCUAUUUUGAUAUUGUGUAUAUCUGUAUUUACUGCUCUCCUUGCAGAAGGUUUGUAGAAUGAAAUAUUUUGGUCCAUUUCUUGAAUUCAUUGGUAGCUUUGUUUGUGUACCCUAUAUUUGUAUUUUAUAGUAGAGAUUUUUCCAUAUUUCAACCAGGUAUUACAUAUUUAUUGGUGUACAGAACAGAAAAAUAUAAGAAAUUAAAAGCUGAGGUGGAAAAACAUAGCAAGAAAUGUAAGUCAUAGGAUGGAAAUUGUGAAAAAUUUAUACACAAAUUAUGCUGACUGUGUUUGUAUUUUUGUUCAUAGUGGAGCGAAAGAAAGAGACAACAUCAGAUAUGUCUGGUGGACAGAAGAAGAAAAUUGGUAAAAUUGUAUUUCUCAGAAAUAUUAGAUGCUGUUGAGAUUCUGGCGUGGAGAAAUUGACCUUUUCCAUUAGCUUGCGAUUUUGUCCCAGUUCAGGAUUUUCAGAAGAAAUCUAUUUGUCAACAACAGCUGUAUAAGUUUUCUCAAGUGGUGGUUUUAUAUGCAUAAAUUGAUUUGGAAAUAUUGAUAAAAUUUUAGAGCGUGUUGAAGAGAAAUUAAAAAAUAACAACAGAGACUUAUCAAUGGUAAGAAAUAUUGUCUGGACAAACAUACAUUGAUGUUUUUUGAUAUUUGAUGUUACUAAUACACCUUUACAUCAAAUUCAUUUUAAACCAGGUUAAAAUGAAGUCUAUGUUUGCAAUUGGAUUUACAUUUACAGCCUUGAUGGGAAUGUUUAAUUCAAUGUAAGUAUUUGAUCUUUCUUUUCCAGAUUAAUUUGGAUUUUAGUGUUUGACGUUGUUGAUGUUUUUAUAUUUAGUUUUGAUGGCAGAGUUGUAGCCAAGCUUCCAUUUGUCCCAAUAUCAUGGUUUCAAGGUUUAUCUCAUCGUAACCUCCCAGGAUCUGACUACACUGAUUGCUCUUUCAUAUUUCUUUAUAUUUUAUGCACCAUGUCUAUCAGACAGGUUAGUAUGAUGACAGUCUUUCAAUAAGCAUUACAGAGAAAUAUUGUCAUAAUGCACCCAAAUGCACUGUACUUUAGUGUUCUACUCUGUCUAAUGUUGCAUUUUUGCAGUUAACAAGUCUGACAGGAUAUUUUAUCUCAUUUUUCUUGCCAGAAUAUUCAAAAGAUUCUUGGUUUUGCUCCAUCAAGAGCUGCAAACAAGGCUCCAGGUUUUCUUAACCCAGCUCCUGCAACUAAAUAG